AUCGCUCGCGCGGCUCGCCCACUCACUCCAGUUUUCUCCUGAGCAGCCAGUCGCAUCCUGUCUGAAAGCUCAACGUCAACCGUUAGCUAGCUUUAAUGGGUUUGGCAAGUCAUUUUUACCGAUAGAAUCCCGCUUUCAUGCCUCAGUAGGAUGUCAUUUCUUUAAGUUAGUCGUGUGGGAAAAUGAAAAAAGGCAAUUCCCGCUUUAAAAGUCCGGUUUUCACUUCGACCUCUGUAGCUGAACGGCUUUAGCCAGUCACUUGGUUUUGACAAGAGGCUCAUCUGUCCGCCGCUGCUCCGAUCCGCUCCGUGUGGGGAUUUGGACAAAGCCACUCCGAUGUUGGACGGCGCUAACAUCCCUGGAACUCAAACGCUUUUAUAUUUGUCAGUGAAACUGAAUUACCGAGCCGGUCAUCUGCCGUCAAAGUGCCAGGGAUAAGGGGAGGAGUACAGGUCUAUUUUUGGAGGGCGAGAGUUUGGAUCUCGCACCGACGGAAGGGGCAGGGGGCGUGCGGAGGGGGGGACACCCACCGACAAGAAGGGACGUAGGGAGACAAUAUCCUGAUGCCAGUGAUGGCAAACGAGCCGAUCAUCCUAAACGUCUAUGACAUGUACUGGAUCAAUGAGUUCACCAGCUCUCUGGGCAUUGGGGUCUUUCACUCAGGGAUUGAGAUCUAUGGAAGAGAGUUUGCUUAUGGCGGACACCCAUACCCAUUCUCAGGGAUCUUUGAGAUUACUCCAGGUGAUGCAACUGAACUCGGCGAAACCUUCAAGUUCAAAGAAGCCAUAGUCCUGGGCAGCACAGACUUCACAGAGGAGGAUGUGGAGCGGAUCGUGGAGGAGAUGGGGAAGGAGUACAAAGGCAAUGCCUACCACCUCAUGCACAAGAACUGUAACCACUUCUCCUCAGCUCUGUCGGAGAUCCUGUGUGGCAGAGAGAUCCCUCGCUGGGUGAACCGCCUGGCAUACUUCAGCUCCUGUGUGCCAUUCCUUCAGAGCUGCCUGCCCAAAGAGUGGCUCACCCCAGCCGCCUUACAGUCCAGUGUCAGUCAGGAGCUCCACGGUGCUGGAGAGCUGGAGGAGGCUGAGGACGCCGCUGCUACUGCCUCCCUGGCAUCCAUGUCGCCCUGCUCACCUUCGUCCUCCUCCAGCCCCUCCUCCCUGCCUCGGCACCAUCGGCACCAGCCCCGUCGGUAGAAGCUGUGAGUUCUGAUACAAACUUGGGGACCUUUUAAUCACACAGACUGUCAGGUAACAGUUGCAGGAUCAAUACCUGCGAUGGCUGAUGUCAGACUGUCUUUGACUGUCACCUGCUCUGGCAACGUCGGCAAAAUGAGCAGAGGGAGAAACUUUUGCUGCUGACAAAAGACAGAAAACUAUCGCUCCUCAAUAAAAAUAUCUCAUCUGAAAUAUUUCUCACAAGUCAGUGUUGUCAUUUUACCAGCCAGAUUUGAUUGUGGAUGGAUAUUGAAGCCAAGCUGGUUGUUUACCUGCCAUGUGUCUCAGAUUAGACAAAUACCACUCACAACCAAACUAUACCACUACACAAUAUACUUGGUGGAUGGUGCUAAUUUCCCACUCUGUUAUAGAGGAAGAAAGUUACUGAGAAAGAAAGAAAGCAAAACAGGACCUUCAGAGUUGAAUCUUUACGGAAUUAUACUUGAAAUUGUGCUUACCUCCAUUUACACCUAAAAAACACAAAGGGGGGGGGGGUAAAUGUAAUUUUUUCAUUAGGUUAUUUUAAUGUUAAACCUUAAGGCCAGAUUUACUAACAUGUGACACUUGAACAUUUCAUGGGAGGACACUACACUCAUAAGACCAGCUUUGACCUCACUCGAAUAAUUGUAACAUGUGCUCUAAUAGUUAUCGGUUGAAAUGAUUACUAUACAGUUCUGGUAUGGUUUGACUGUGUUGGCUGUGCAUAUGAUGUAUUCCGCUGAAAAUGUGGCUGGUAAAAUAACUGAAGCAACAGCUGGAUUUUGGAGACUUCUUCUUUUUUUUUCUUUUUUUUUUUUAAUCUACUUUGCCUCAAAGUGCUUUGGCCUUUUUGUUAUUUUUUCCACUGCAGUCUGGAUAAACCUCUGUGAUGAAAUACAAUCAGUCUCAUUAGACACUGAUAACCUGAUCCAGGUUUCAAAAGAGAGAAAAUCCUUCAAGACUCCUCACAAGGGUUCAGAUUCAGGUAAUUCCUGCUUCCUAAAUCUCUUUCUUUGCCUCCUUUUUGAUGUUAUAUCAAUUGUCAGGCAUCUUUAGCACCUGCACAUCCUACCUGCACAUCAUGAGACGACUGAUGACUGGAUAAAAAGAAGUAAAUUUUACAGCAUCAUCAGUUUAUUGUGUAACCAACAAUUAACACAAACAGUUGCUUUACCACCAAAAUGAAACAGUUACUCUUUCUAUAAGGUUAAAUCAUGAUGUUCAGUUUGCAGAGCUGGCAGAAGCCCAUAGGCCACAUAAGCAUUUUUGUACCUGUUAGUCUCACUUUAAGGGAGAAUUAAUUAUAAACUCUCUCAUAGUAGCAACUGCCAAGGUGCCUUUGAGCAAGGUACUUAACCCACAAGUGUUUCAAGAGAAGACUGUGUGGUUUGAGCAAUUGUGUUAAUGUGCAGCAGCAUUUUUAAUUUUCACCUGAUUCAGUGUCAGAUCACAUCAAUUCAUGUUUACACUGAUGAGAUGAAACUGACAAAAACUGAAAAUGCAUCAAAAUGUUUGAAGUUGAUGUCACUUCAGAGGUUUUUAAGGAAGAUGUGUCUUUAAUGGGACCUGAAAUGUCUUCAACCAGCUGCAAACACAAGCAGCCUGUCAACUUCUUCACCUCUGGGUUCAGUUUGGGAUGGCACACUUUUGUAUUUUGUUCAUUUGAGUUAUUCACUAAUACAUUGACACAUUUAAAGAACAUGGUUAAAUCACUUUUCUUGCUGUGAAUUAGACAAGGUUGACUGAUUGACACCACUUGCUAAUGUUUAAAGCUACAGUGAGCAGCCUGUUGUUUUAGGCUACGUUCACGCUGCAGGUCUUAAUACUCUGAUCAGAUUUUUUUUUUUUUUGCGUGGUUGUUCACAUUAUAAUGUAAAUGCAUCUGCCAUCCGACUCAUAUGUGAACAAUUUAGGGUCCUGAAUUUACCCACAUGUGCAGAAGAAGACAUGACGUCAAACACAGUAUACUAUGUUUACCACGUAAAUAUGGAUCUUGUCGGGCCCAGCUUCCUUCAGUGCAUAAUUAUGAUGUCUGUCACAUUUCAUUUAUGUAAAAAUUGAUUGAAAUGCGACAUGACCGUUCAGAUUGAAGUCACAUUGCGAUAUGUAUCAGAUUUAGGACCUCAUAUGAAAGUGGCCUGAGUUUAAUUUGAGAAAAUCAGUUUUGUGCUAUUCAGAGUGUCAUAAAAAAUCAGAUAUGAGUCAUAUAUAUGUACAAAAAGUCAGAUUUGGGCCACUUUUGUCUGCAGCAUGAAUGUAGCCUUAGUCUAGCACGAAAACUGAAAACCAGCCUAAAGAGUUAGCAGGGCUGUGAUUAUUUUUCUAAAUCCAACGUGUGAAACAGUUUUUGGCAUGAGAACUCUAAAUAACUUAGUUUAACCUUUCAAUCUGUCAAAAUAUUGAACAAACAUGGUUAUAAAGUCUUUGCAAGUAAAUUCUGUCCAGUAUCUCCUGAAACGGAGGCUAGCUGUUUUGUUGUUUCUAGUUCUUAAGCUAACAUUGCUGAUGCUAGCAACAUGUGCCCAAAUGUAAAAAAAAAAAAACAGGCUUUCAAGCAAAUUUUAGCUGGUUGCAGCACCUCAAAUGUGAAGACUUGGUACUUUUUUGUUACUAAUAGUACAUGUAUUUUGGAGGUUUUGGAUUGUCGUAAGAACACAAUUUGAACAUUGGGUAGUAAUUACUGAAAACCGAUGGAAUAAAAUGAUUGUAGGAAAAUCCACACAUUUGUGUAGAAUAAAAAUAAUCAUUAGGAGUGGUCAAAACAUUUCUGUAAAGGUUCUAUUCAGUCACUACGGUGGAAAAACUCAUGGAACAAUUCAAACUUUACAGAAGGCUGCUGUUUUUUCCAAAUGGCAAUCUCAUUGUGUAACUCUACAUAUGCUGUCAACAGCACCAACGCUGUCCCAGACAAAAGCCAUGGGUGUUUUGGGGAAACAAAAUUCUUCUCAGUUCAGCUGGUCACCUGAGGAGUAGACUACGAACUGUUGUUUUUUUUUUUUUUUUUUGUAAAUCCCUUAUUGUAUUUUUAUGACGUAUGGCCUUUGUGUCUGUUUUGUUUAUGUUUGAUAAACUCAGGACUCCAAAAGGCUUUGUAAUAUAAUCCUUAAAAAUUUUAUCCCACAUUUUAUGUUUGUGUUGCUUUUUUCUAAUGCAGUAGUCACUCCAUUAGAGCUUUUUCAAGACGCACUGUGGCAGUGCAGUUUUAUAUUCCUCUAUUUGAUAAAAAAAGAGCUUUUGUUUACACCUAUAUGUUUGUAUGCGAGUCUGUUUCUCCCUUUGUUUUUCUGUCUGUGCAUGAAUGUGAGUGUGUGUGCACACUUGUAUUAAAAAUGACAAGUACCAAGAAGCUGCCAACUGGGCCAAACGUCUCCACAGCAAACAGACUCACAAAGAACACACUCUGCAAAAGAGAUCAACCUUGACAAAUGUAGCAAAGAUGAUUUUGUUUUCUAUUGUCACGUUUUUUAAGAGAUUUCUUGACACUUUAUUUGACACAAGUACAUUUUCUGUUUAGGCGUUUUGUUUUGAAGGCAGAUGAUUUUACAGGAAGAUUAUUUCUCAAGAUUUUGUAAAGCUGUAAAACCAGGCGAAUUCCUGUGAAACCAGCAUAUUUGUCUAAUUUGAGGUGAUACAGUUAAGUGUAUUGUGAAAUAAAUUUAGUCUUUUGAGUUUGUUUAUGACUGAAUGAAUAAAGUUCAUUGUUUUCAGUUUUUUAACACAGACACUAGCCUGACACACUUUGUACUGUUGUUGUCGGCGUCCUCUGGUGGCUGUGCCUGGUUAUUUGUACUGUUAUCUGUCAGACAUGAUGCUGAGGAUUCCCGGAACCUUCAUAGCUUUGAGUAGACAUCUGUUGUCACAUGAUGAGUUUGUUUCUGAGAAAUGAAACUGGAGUCAUUUUGUUUCCUCCUGCUACAACAGAUUCUCAGUUCAUCUCCAAAUGUUUAAGGAUCAUGUCAACAUCUGUUACAGUUUCUAAAGCCAAAGACUGAUAGUGUAAUAACUGUAUCAUUACUCACUUUUCUGUUACCCUUUGCACCAGAUUCACGUGUCAUCAUGUGUCCAACUUCCUGAAUGAAUGUUUCAUAGUAGAAUUAAGCCCUGGGUUUUAGAAGUCAAUCCACUCACUCUAAGUCUGUUUAAAGGAUCCAUAUUGUUCACACUGUGAUCUUUUCUAAGAUCAUCUGUAUUUGCACACACUGUGAGCUAUGAAUGAAGUUUGGGAAACCUCAGUGCUUCAAAAACUGACUUCAGAUGUUUUCACAAAGCCUUCAGUGGAGCUGACCAGAUUUGUACCCUGUUGAAAAAAUUAUUAAAAAACUAUAAAUACACUGA